AGUUCAAUGUUUCUCGCCUAACUCGUCACUUAAAAAUAUUAAAAGAUGCCCUUGAGUGUAUUAUAAAAGACACAUAGAACAUAUUGUUUUAUGAAAAGCACACAAUUAUGACUCGAUUAUUAUUUCUUGUUCUAUCUUUAUUCCUACCCUUCUCCCACUGCAUUUCGACAAUGAAUUCCAAUUGGAAAGACAUUUUCGAUCCAAAGCCCCUUCACGAUUUGUCAGAGAAAUGUCUAAACGACACGGAUACAUGGCUUAAAUCGCUGGAAAUUUUUUCGACGGUAUCAGUGGAAUGUCUCACACUGAACAAUUGUACAACGCAGGAAUCAAAAAUUCUAGACGAGAAUUUGUAUGCAGUUAAACAACUCGACGCAUUUGGAGAAUUCCCAACUCCUGGAUUACUCGAACUCAGAACCCUUUAUGAUGGGUCUUAUCAAGAAUGCGACCGUAUUGAUGGCGAAAGAUACAAAACCAACUAUUGUUAUCUUAUUCUCAAUUUUGGGAAAAACAUAUCUUGCUCGGCACCUUCCGUGUAUUCCAACGUAACUUUGCGGAUGGCUGUGUGUCUUCCAGAUUCCUGCAGCCAUCAGGAUAUGAUUAAUAUUUUUAAUCAACUGUCGCCUUAUCCAUUCACUGCUUGUGAUGCAUAUUGUGUGAAGAAUACUGUUGAGAAGGAUGUGCCAUUCUGGGGGUUUACGGUAUUUUUAACUAUAGUAAUUGCUGUUGCCAUAUUUGCUACGCUUUUGGAUUACGUCCAAGAUGCUGUAUUAGGAUUGAGCAACCUCAAAGAGAAGAACAUUUUCAUAAAAAUCAUACUGACCUUCUCCCUCUGGACCAAUGCUGAGUUAAUUCUUUCUGUGAAAGAGCAUAAGCCAGGGUUCAUCAAAUCGUUGGACUGUAUUCGAGGCUUAUCGAUAUUUUGGGUGAUAACCGGACAUUCGUUUAUUUACAUGACGCAAGCGGACACAAUGAAGCCGGUUAUGGAAUUCCAAAAUCAGUUCUGGAACCAUUUGAUCAUAAAUGCACCGGUGUCCGUUGACUCCUUUUUUGCAUUAUCUGGAAUUGUGGUAGCUUAUUUAUUUUUCAAAAUGAAGCCCAAUAUAAAAAUGGCCGCAAGCCCAGUUACGUGGAUUCUUUUCUACGUUCAUCGAUAUUUACGGUUAACUCCUACAGUAAUGAUUUUUAUUGGAUUUUUUACUGUCUAUUUUCCAUAUGUUCAAGGACCGUUUGCAGCUUCGUUCUCAAAUGUUCAAUUUCCACAAGUCGAGGCAUGCAAAGACUACUGGUGGCACAAUCUUCUUUACAUCAACAACUUCGACAACAGCCAACAUAGAGAAAGAAACACCUGCUACGCAAUCACUUGGUACUUAGCUGUAGACACUCAACUUUAUAUUCUUGCACCAAUUGUGCUUAUCGCUUUGUUUUUCUCAUUUGCUGUUGGAACUGCAAUUAUAGUGGCUGGAUGUGUUGGAAGCAUCAUUGCUACAUAUAUUCUUUUCGAUCUUUAUGAUGUUCCCGCUGAUCCACUUGGUAAUGGUGAUCACCGGUAUUUUUUCGGAAUUGGCUACUCGAAACCUUGGAUUCGAUGCCCACCAUAUCUAGUGGGACUUCUCACUGGGUACCUGCUAGCUACUUAUGGAACUAGAAGGAUCCGAUUGAAUUGGGCAGUCUCGAUUGGUGUUUGGAUUGUGGCAUUUGUGGUUGCUGGAUUCUGUAUAUUUUCAACGUACGAUUAUGACAAGGGAGAGCAGUGGAGCACGUUUUCUAGAGCCACAUUCUUCAAUUUUCAUCGACUAGGUUGGGGAGUAUUCGUGUGCUGGGUCGUUGGAGCAAACCAUAUGGGAUGGGGUGGACCUAUUGAUACUUUCAUGUCACAUCCAAUUUGGCAACCGUUUGGAAGGUUAUCAUACUGUGCUUAUAUUGUUCAUUGGAUGGUUUUGUACUUUUAUUUGAAUGUUGGAGGAGCUCUACAUUAUACGUCUGCUUGGCACGUGUUUCUCUAUAUUUCAAUUCCUGCAACAGUCCUCUCAUUUGUGUUUGCUUUCUUCUGGAGUUGUCUUUUCGAAAUGCCAAUAUUAAAACUUGAAAAAAUGUUGAUCGAAUCGUUAGUUGGAAGAUCUCAAAUGCCACCUGCCAAAACAAGUCUCAAGGAAAAAAUCACUGAGGAAACAGAAGCAUCCUACGAGGAUAUGGAGACGGGGAAAAUUCAAAGCUGCAAGCUAUGAUUUUUUUGGAAAAUAGAAUGAAAACGAGCAUUAUUUGAAAUUUAUUACGAUCUCUGUUUAAAAUAAAAAUUAUUAAUUUU